AUGACACCAGAGCCUAAUGGUUCUCCAAAAAAUAUCGCUGUGGAACACUCACAACCUAAAAGAACCAAAGUAGUUGAUAGUGACGCACCACCAGCUUUUGUCGGUUCUAGUCGUUCCGACAAGUAUUAUACACCAGCACCAGAAGCUACCAUUUCUGAAGAAUUAACUUCAUUUAUCAAAUCUGCAUUUACCAAGCAACUGUCCAAAGAAGUUUGGACAAAUGCCAUGGAACAAUACCCUGACAUUAAAGGAACUGCUGAUUUCCUAGUUUCGCCCAUAAUGCAAACAGAGAUGAAAGAGAAAAUCAAACGUGUCCAUGGUCUGUCCCAAACAAAAGAUUUGUUCACAUUUGAUGAAGGACUAGCUGACAAACAAGCACCCUUUAUUUCCGUUGUUCGACCACUUGUCAGUGCUCUACAAGCAUUGGAGCCGACAGAAGUGGAUGUAGAUGGGGAUGAGCCCUCAGGCCCUGAUCCUGACCAUGCUAUUGUGCUACUGGGAAAUGCACAUUGUCGUCUAAACAUUUGGCGCCAAAAACGUUUAGCAGAAACUUAA